AUGUCGGCCAAAAAUGUGCAGCCCAAUGGCAAGAGGAGGGCCUCGCCCGCAGUGAACUUGAUUGCUGGUGGUGGUGCCGGUAUGAUGGAGGCUCUCGUGUGUCACCCUCUAGACACUAUCAAGGUCCGGAUGCAGCUUUCGCGGAGAGCCAGAGUUCCUGGCGCUAAGCCUCGUGGCUUCAUAACCACCGGUGUGGAAAUCGUGAAGAAGGAGACUGCUCUGGGUCUGUACAAGGGUUUGGGUGCCGUGUUGGGAGGUAUUAUCCCCAAGAUGGCCAUCCGGUUCACCUCGUACGAAUACUACAAGACCCUGUUGGCGGAUAAGGAGACGGGCCAUGUCACCAGCAAGGCCACUUUCUUGUCUGGUCUGGCCGCCGGUGUGACUGAGGCCGUGGCUAUCGUCAACCCCAUGGAAGUUGUCAAGAUUCGUCUGCAGGCGCAACAUCACAGUCUGGCCGAUCCCCUCGACGCCCCCAAGUACCGCAGUGCUCCGCACGCCCUAUUCACCGUGAUCAAGGAAGAGGGCUUCAGCACUCUGUACCGCGGAGUGUCGCUCACUGCGCUCCGACAAGGAACCAACCAAGCGGCCAACUUCACCGCGUACACCGAGCUGAAAGCCGCCCUGCAGGAGUGGCAACCCGAAUACGCAGACACCCAGCUGCCUUCAUACCAAACCACCGUCAUCGGUCUCAUCUCCGGCGCCGUCGGCCCCUUCUCCAAUGCCCCCAUCGACACCAUCAAGACCCGUCUCCAAAAGACUCGCGCCGAGCCCGGCCAGUCUGCCGUCAGCCGCAUCAUGGUCAUUGCCAAGGACAUGUUCAAGCAGGAGGGUGCCAGCGCUUUCUACAAGGGUAUCACUCCUCGUGUGAUGCGUGUGGCUCCUGGCCAGGCCGUGACGUUCACAGUGUAUGAGUACCUUAAGGGCAAGCUGGAGGCGUCCAACUGGGCCUUUGUGGGUGGCAAGUUCGAGGAGUAAAAGGACUGCUUCGUUUUUUGGAAAGCAUUGUGAUACCAUACCACAGCAUGGUGGGCGUUGCGUUUCCUUUGUCUGUUUACAGAGUUUGAGUCUGCGAGGAAUCGCCGUUCGAGGCAGGCCGGUCGCAACGGU